AUGCCAGUUGCACAACCAGGGCAGAAUAAUGGUGCACAAGGAUCAGGAUCAACACAGCAAAAUGUGCCUUGUCGUAGUGGGAGGGUUAAGCACCAGCCUGAUUGGCAUAUGUUCUUAGGAGAGUCUUCUGACAGGAUCCCAGAUGAACUGGAUACAGAACCUGAUCUUAGGGCUAUUUCGCAAGUCCCUUCAGAUUUAUCUCAAGAUAGCUUUGUGGACAGAACUUCAGGGAGAUUAUGGUUGUCUCAACGUGGUUUUUUGGAGAAUCAAUGUAAAUUGUCUAUCGCUUGGUACCCAAGGAUGGACGGUGAUGCUUGGGAUAUGUCAAAGGUCCUUUAUGCCAGUGCAAUGGAGUGUUUCUCCAGGAAACAGAGUCAUCCAUCAGUUGUGAGAUUUGUGAAUGCAGACUAUGCAGAGGGCUUUAAUGACAGAAGGUUUACAAUAGGGCAUAUGUUUACUGUUGUGAGAAGGCCUAUUUGUUGGAAGUCCAAGGUACAGUCUCCAGUUGUUAUAUCUACAAUUGAGUUGGGGUUUUUGGUAGAACCCGAAGCUACCACAGACAAGUUCAAGUUUUUCUUGGACAUGGUUUUUGUCUCCAGUUGUUAG